CCGGUGCUCCGGAGCGCGGCGGAGCGGGCGACGCCUCUUUUCCUCCCUCCCGCAUCCUUCUUCUCGUUCCCCUCCUUCCUCCUCCCCCCGCCUCCGCCCCCCCGCACGCAGUCACCGCGGUUCCCGGCACGGACAACAUGGCGGCGGUGUCGGGGGCCGGGGCUGCGGGCGGCUCUGCCAACGCCGGGGGCCCGGAGAUGGUGCGGGGCCAAGUGUUCGACGUGGGGCCCCGCUACACCAACCUCUCCUACAUCGGCGAGGGGGCCUACGGCAUGGUGUGUUCUGCCUAUGAUAACGUCAACAAAGUUCGAGUUGCUAUAAAGAAAAUCAGUCCUUUUGAGCAUCAGACGUACUGCCAGAGAACUCUGAGAGAGAUUAAGAUCCUACUGCGCUUCAGGCAUGAGAAUAUUAUUGGAAUAAAUGAUAUUAUCAGAGCUCCGACUAUUGAACAAAUGAAAGAUGUAUACAUUGUGCAAGAUCUUAUGGAGACAGAUCUUUACAAGCUCUUAAAGACUCAACACCUCAGCAACGACCACAUUUGUUAUUUCCUUUACCAGAUUCUGAGAGGGUUAAAAUAUAUCCAUUCAGCCAAUGUGCUUCAUCGUGACCUCAAACCUUCAAAUUUGCUGCUUAACACCACUUGUGAUCUCAAGAUUUGUGACUUUGGACUGGCUCGUGUUGCAGAUCCAGAUCAUGAUCACACAGGAUUCUUGACAGAAUACGUGGCCACGCGUUGGUACAGGGCUCCGGAAAUCAUGCUGAAUUCUAAGGGUUACACCAAGUCUAUUGACAUCUGGUCAGUAGGCUGUAUUCUGGCAGAGAUGCUCUCCAACAGACCUAUCUUUCCAGGAAAACACUACCUUGACCAACUUAACCAUAUCCUUGGUAUACUUGGAUCCCCUUCCCAAGAAGAUUUGAAUUGUAUAAUAAAUUUAAAGGCCAGAAACUACUUGCUUUCCCUACCGCACAAAAAUAAGGUACCAUGGAACAGGCUGUUUCCCAAUGCUGACCCCAAAGCACUUGAUUUGUUGGAUAAAAUGUUGACCUUUAAUCCUCAUAAGCGGAUUGAAGUGGAGCAAGCUUUAGCCCAUCCAUAUCUGGAGCAGUAUUAUGAUCCAAGUGAUGAGCCUGUAGCUGAAGCACCCUUCAAGUUUGAUAUGGAGUUGGAUGACUUGCCGAAGGAAAAGCUGAAAGAACUGAUUUUUGAGGAAACCGCUAGAUUCCAGCCAGGAUAUCGAUCUUAAAUUGUGCAUAGGACAAGGACUUAAAGGACUGGGCAUGCUCAAACGUUGCUGUUCCUCUUCCCAGUUCUUUAUUGUUGGUCAUGUCUUGUGGCCUCUCUCAGCUUAUCCACUAACUCCUUUGAGCCAUUCAGGAGGGCAGUUCCUGGUAGUUUUGGCUUUUCAUGCUUUCAAUGAAUCUUUUAAGCCUGAAGAAUUGUAAUUGACACUCCUAUGCGUAAUGCCCAUUGUUGACCUGUUGCAGUACUGUACUGUAAGUGCACCUACUGCUGGCCGUAUUUUAACUGCUUGCUUUCUGGUUUGAAAGAUGCAGUGGUUCCUUUCACUCCUGGAUCAAUAUCCAAGAAGAUAAUUCAUUAGCCUGUAAGAAGUUUACGCCAUGAACUAUGUUUUUCUGACUUUACUGAAGUCGCUGGCAUUUUUUUUAGAAAAGCUACUAUUCAGGGCACUUUAAGUCAGUGACAUCCCAGAUUUUUUUUGCACUUCCUUUUUAAAUAGAAAUGGUUAGCAUCCAAUGGAGUUUAUACCAUUAUGCUAUGGAUUACAGCAUAAGUUGUGUUCACAUUAAUCUUGCUUAUGCACUUGUUUGGGUGUCCUGUGCUGUACAUACAGGUAUUCUAUACAGCGUAAGAGCCACAUAGGAACCCAACUUAAUUGAAUUCAUCUAAGAAACAUUUUUUCCAUGUAUUGACAAAAUUUGUACCUUUUUCUCCCUGCCUUUUCUAAAAGAGAUCAUUUAAAGUUUAACCAUGUCGGAGGCAUAGUACUUCCAAAGUUCAUACCAUGUAGUAGUGUUUAUAAGGCUUGUGCAAAGAGAACGAGUGGCAGCUCGCCAACUUACAUUUACUCACCAUGUGGUGGAAGAUUAACAAAGAACAUAAUGGCAUGAUGACCUAAUGGUGAAUGCUUUUCUCUGUGGAAGGCAUCCAUACGUGGUGGCAAGCGAGAAACCAAAAUAUGAUGUUAAUAAACUCAGUCUGCAUCCUGCAUACCAAUGAAAUGCUUCAAAUGAGGAUUGAUAGUUUUUACCUUUGAAUCUGAUCACUGACAUUCAGAAUUCUUGCAGAGAGGAACACUGCAUCUUUAAAUGAGAAAGUUUGAUUUUACUUUUGCUCCUACAGCAUGUCAGCAUCUCAAGUUCAUUUCUUGCAACCUACACUAUGGUGAUUUGUAAUCAAGCCUCCAUGAGCUCGUGACAUGAAGUACUGUUCUGUUGUCAAGUACUAUCAAACUUUUCUGAUAAUGCUGAGUUAGGACAACCAAACAAAGCUAGCACUAAAUAAUGUUUAAAAUUGUAUACCUUUUAAUGAUCUUUUCAAGUAUUUGUUACUGAAAUUGUAUAAUGUGGAGUUUACUAGGUGUUAUGUUCCAGUGCAGUGCCUCCUUUUCUUUCCCCACUGCUCUCUGUGGUGAGAAAUUUGCCUUGUUUAAAAUAAUUACUGUGCCCUCGCAUGACUGUUAAAGCUUUCUGUGCAAAGAUGAUUGUCUAAGUGCCACAUGCCUAUGAUUGAGAAAAAAAAUAAUCUAUUGUUACCUCUGAGUUGUGUUCAACUGAAAUGCUAUUCAACAAAUAACUUAGGAAAAAUAGUUCUAUUUUUAGCUUUUCAUAUCUCUGCUGUCUUUUUCUCAUUUUAUUUUGGCAGCAGUGAAGAAUGGAUUGUAUAAAGACUGCUUGCUAAUAUGAACAAAAUGCACUUGUAAUUCCUGGAAAUAAAUUUAAAUCUUAUAUCUUCACAUUAACAUUAAGAAUUAGUUUUUGGUUUCCUCUUGGGUAAUGUGUUUGAAUGGAAAUCAGGUUCAAUUGCUACUGUAGUAUAUAAGGAUGCUUGCUGGUUAAUAACUCCAGGCUUCCUCGUACCAUUUAGUCUGCUCUUCAAAGAAAUCUAGAAAGCCAUUAACUUAGACUUCAAUAGAUAAGGGUGCUUACAAGAUUCCAUUUCAAAAUUUUCUCUCUCCUAUAGUUUAAGUGUUAGUCUGCCAAAACUAAUUUUUAAUAAGCAAGGGUUCAUCACUAAAGGGCAUUUUCUUUUAGGAAGUUCCUGUGGUACAUAAAUCUCUGUUGCGGGGAACGUAUUAGGAGCAUUGUCAGGACACUGCAUAAGUGAUCAUUGAAUUGUGGUAUGGAACCUAUGCUAAAAACAUUUCUAUAGAAAUAUGCACUUGACUGUUGAUACUAGUGUAGAAAUUUCUCUUGACGUUUCUACACAUCUUUACCAAAAUGCUUUUCUCACUCAGUUUUGAAAAGUUGAAAUACUUCUAGAAUCUCUGCUACUUGUACGAUCAUCCUUACUACAGGAAUCAUUUUUGGCAUGGUUGGAAAGAUGACUGUUACUGAAAUUAGUUUGAAACACCUCAGUUUUAAUUUAUUAAGGAAGAACUUUGGCAGCUUACUUCAUCCUUCUCUUCCCAAUUCUUUUUUUAAUACUUUCUUUAAUUUUGGGGUUUUGGGGAGGUGUAGACUUACCCUUGCAUUCUGUCUCUCCGAGCGAGAAGCCGAGGGUUUGCUUUACCUAACAUCUGGUGCUUUCGGGCUUUCUUCCUUCGCUGUUCUUGCUGAAUCCAAUUGGCAUCCAUCAGUAUCGGUAACCACAUUUAUCAAUCUUUUACUGAAUUCGGUAAACAUUGUUGGGUUGAAUUUGUUGAUGCGUCAAAUGCAGAAGCAUGAUUUUUUUUUGUCAGAUUUUGAAAAUAGUUUAAAAGAAGGUGCCUAUAACAACACUGUGUUAGGUCAGUUAUUUCAUCAUUUUACAUUGAUUUUUUUUUUCUUUAUGUAGUUUUUAUAUUUUAGAGCGGAGAACAGCAACUCUUAAUUGAAGUAACAUGCAUAUUUCAUGGUAAAGAUGUUUUGGGAAUAAGGAAUGUAAACAGUUCACUGUCAAAAACAUUCCAACCUUACAGCUGAAGAAAAAUAUGCAAACAUAAAAUUCUCCUGGAUGCUUUGGCAAAUAAGCAUCUUACUCUGCUGUCCUGACUGUCGCCAGACUCUUCCUCAUCAAUAUCACACGUUAUAUCAAAUCUGAAGUGUACGACACACUACAUGGGCUGAGCGGUGUGGUGCACUAUGAGCUUUCAGGAGUAGCAGUGAUGACGUAACUCAGCAGUGGCCAAACGAAACCCAAGGAGUUGAGCAUGGUUUUCCUUACAGAAAGAGAAAAAGAAAAACCUGUUGUUGCUGCCCACUGUAAUAUGCUACGAUAUAUUUAUACCAUGUCGAAGUUGUUUGCUGAGCAACUGUACUAUAGAUUUAAACUUUAUUAAUAUAUAUUUGCUUAUGUUAGUGUAGUUUAUAUAGUCCUUGGUUAUUGAUAAAUUUAUUGUGUUGUUACAGCACAGUGAUAUGGUAUAAAUAUAGGUCUAUACAUACACACCAUAUACUCAUGAAUUUGGUCCCUUGCAUAGUACUUUUAUAUUUGUACAGCAAUGUCUUCAAGCAAUCCCAGAUUUUAGGGGAAAUAUUUUUGUAAAUGCAGUGGUUUAAACAAAAAAGUCCAAACAAUCCUUUUACUAAGUUUUAAAUACAUUUGUGGUUCAAAAUGGUUUAGUUAACAAUUGAAAUCAAGACACUAAAUUAGUGAAAAGUGCACAUUAGUAAAGUGAAGCUUACAGUGGUUUUUGUAGCAUGUGCUGUGAUCAAACUAAGUGAAACAUUGGAGGAAAUGUAAAAGUUGGACUACCUUUGUAAAUCUAGAACAAAUUUCUAAAGGUUGCAGCUGGUUUACUUACUAUUGUUGCCUUUUCUUGUGUUGUAUCAGUGUAGAGCACUCUUAAAAUACUCAAACUGCUUUGUCUUUGCUUUGUACUGUUGGUGCCUUCUUAGUCAUGUACCCCACAAGUCCUGCAUAGCUAAUUUAGUUAAUGGUAAGUUUAAAAUAAAAAAGCAAAGGAAGAUUUUAUAAAAAAAAAAAAAAAUCAUUUUCUGUAUGUUCUUAUUCAUUGUAACAAUUAAACGUUUAUAUUGUGA